GAGAGAGAGAGAGAGAGAGAACAAAAAGAAGAAAGUGUGGUUGUUCGUAGCGUGGGUGGCUCUUUAAUUUGGGGGCGUGAGCAGCAGCAGCACCCAGUACACUCACUCCCUUAAACCUGUCACUCUUACUCUGUCACUGUCACAUUAAUCCCUCAGCACCACCCACUCUCUCUUUCUCUUUUUCUUUGCUCCCAAAUCCCCAUGACACUCAGACAUUCCAUUUUUCAUUGUCCUUUCUAAUUCUAUCCCACUUUCAUUAACCUAGUUUUCAAUACCCCAAUUUCUUUCUUUUUUUGUUCUUUGUCUCCCAUUAACCAGUAAUGUUGAGGAUCCCGGACAACAACAACACCAAUAGAAGGAACAACCUUGAAACUACCAGGAAUCGCAGAGACGACAAUGAAUCUUCCUUGUUCGGUGGCGUUCCCAAUAACACCUCGCCGCCAUUGAUGAACCUUCGCCCCGACCACGUUGCCGUCGGCUCACCUCUCACCAACAGAGCCCCUUUCACCACCACCAACAACAACAACGCCGCCGCCUCUCGUUUCUCGGCCGCAGACGGUGGCCCUGUCGGCAGUUCUCCUUAUCCAGCUCAGUAUCGCGGCGACCACUGUCUCUGGAUGGACACCGAUCAGGCGUCGGGAUUCCACGUGGCAAACACCACCUUCGGCGCCGACAAAUGGGUCGACGAUCUGGGAGGAGGAGGAGGAAACGCACUGGCCAACAACUUCUCAAGAAUGAGCAUCGUCGAAAACGGAACCACCAAAAGCAGAAGCCCAUACGACGUCGUGGAGGCUUACAGCAACAACAACAACGCAUGCUCCAUUGAUUCCAAUAACCUCCCUUUCUUCGAUGAAACAACACCGCCGCCAUUCUGCAACAACGCUGCUGGGGUUCCCGUAUCGGUGACCCCAGGUUUUGUUCCCAAAGGUUACGCUUUUGAAGCUUCUCCAAUGGCUCCGCAGCAUCAUGAUCACCAUGUGUACCAUCACCAUCAUCACAUCAUGGACCAGAGGAUGAUGAAACAGGCUACAAGUGAUAACAACCUUCAUCAGUUGCAGCAGAAGCCGCAGCAGCAGCCGCCGCCAACACCGGCUUUCGUAAACCCUUACGUUUGUGACCGUUUCGUUGGGUCUCAUCAGCAGCAUUUCGGCGUCGAGUGUGAACCUCCCAAUGGAUGGGGCGGCGGCGUCAAGAACCCCUUCAGAUUCUCUCAGAUAAUGCACCCUAGGCUCCCAGCGAAUGCGCCCAGGGAUAUGGCGGCAAUGGCAGUUGCUGCUGCCGCCGCCGCCGCUAACAGCGGUGAGUUUCCUCAGUGUAUUUCUCCGAUGAGAAAUGGUGGUGACCGUGCUGCCUUUAGAUGCGAUAACAGCGUCAUUAUCCAAGGAAGAGAAAUGGUAAAACCCUGCGUGGAAAGCACUGGUUACGGUGGUUCCGUAAGAGGUUUCAAGAAGGGUCACGGUCAAGGACAGGUUCCAUGCGAUGAGCUUCAUCAUCAUCAUCAUCAUCAUAAUAAUGGCCAAGGUGGUGGUGGUGGUGGUGGAAACAACAACAAUAACACCAACAACAACAAUGGCGGUUUCGUGAGGGAUCCAUCGUCGGUGCCAUUGAUGCUGGAUUUCUAUAACCUAGCUGAGGCGCAGGGUUACGUGUACAACAUGGCGAAGGACCAGAACGGUUGCAGGUUUUUGCAGAGGAUGGUUGAAGAAGGCACCUUUGAGGAUGUAAGGGUGGUUUUUGAAGGGAUCGUUGAGAAUGUUGUGGAGCUCAUGAUGGACCCUUUUGGUAACUACCUUGUUCAGAAGCUUCUAGAUGUUUGCAAUGAAGAUCAAAGGUUGCAAAUUGUUCUCAUGCUCACUAAAGAACAAGGCCAGCUUGUCCGAAUCUCCUUGAAUACCCACGGUACGCGCGUGGUGCAGAAGCUGAUUGAGACCCUCAACUCAGCGAAGCAAAUUUCAUUGGUGAAGGGUGCAAUUCAACCAGGUUUCCUUGACCUUAUUAAGGAUCUCAAUGGAAACCAUGUCAUACAACGUUGCCUGCAAUGUCUUAGCUGUCAAGAUAAUGAGUUUAUUUUUGAAGCUGGUGUAAAGUUUUGUGUUGACAUAGCUACUCAUCGACAUGGAUGCUGUGUACUACAACGUUGCAUUGAUUAUUCCGUUGGAAAACAUCGUGAGAGGCUGGUCGCAGAAAUUUGCAAGCAUGGUCUUCUCCUCGCUCAGGAUCCAUUUGGAAACUAUGUUGUUCAGUAUAUUAUAGAGAUAGAGAACCCAACUGCCUCAACGAAAUUGAUGUCUCAGCUGAAAGGGAAUUUUGUGAACCUGUCUACACAAAAAUUCAGCAGCCAUGUGGUUGAGAAAUGCCUCAAGCAUGUUGCAGAUAGCAGGUCCAGAAUUGUCCGUGAAUUGCUCUCUACACCCCACUUUGAGCAGUUAUUGCAAGACCCUUAUGCCAACUACGUCAUUCAAUCUGCUCUUGCAUAUACCAAGGGUGCACUUCAUGUAUCAUUGGUGGAAGCAGUUAGGCCUUACAAGAUCUUGCGCACUAGUCCAUACUGCAAGAGGAUAUUCUCUGGAAGCCUACUUAAGAAGUGAGCCAUGAUGAUGAUCAUGUUUACCUAUCUGCAGUGAUGACACAAUUAUAUGCUUUAGGUGAUUCAGGUCCAUCUUAUCUUGUCUUUGUAUUAUUCUUAUGUUGUCUUAUGUGUUGUCUGUGAUGUGUACGUAUGCUUCAUGCUAUGGUCUCUACUGUUGAAGCUGCUUCCUAGGAUCAUGUACAUUUUCUGGAUUUUCUCCUUUUGUUUCUGGAGACUAUGUUGUUUCGACUUU